GGCACCAAAUUUACCAAUAUCAAAGUUAUUUGCUCUGAGGGAUUUGACUUCAGGGUGCAGGCUGCAAAUGGAAGUGCCCUGGGGAGAGGUAUUGUUAUUUAAAACUUGACAAAAAACAUCUCCAAGAGCAAAAAUUAAGUUUUAGCCUGCUUGCUGCUUUGUUGUUAAAAGAAAGUCUUUUUUUACACAUUUUUACUCCACACUCAAACUGGGUUAUACAUUUAAAGGCUAUCAAAAUUUAAAAUAUCAAUUUAAAAAAAAAAAAAUUUGGAACAGAAAAAUCCUAAAAAAAAUAUUUUUAAAGAGUCAGUAGUUAACUAGUUUUUAAUAGAAGAUUUAUCCACUAUCAGAUUUUAAAAUUCCACUACAAUGUCGAAAUAAAAUUAAAAAUCAGACAGUAACAUUCAAAACUAAGUGAUUUAGUAUUGAAUAAGAAAUUUCAACUUUUCACCUGAGCUAAUUUGCAUUCAUCAAGUAAUGAACCUGUGAAUGGGAUUUUUAUUUUUUUUUUAAUGCUACCCAUUUAUGUCCACAGGUAUUUAUUUCAGCAAGACGUCAGCCUACUCACAGAAGUUUGCUUGUGCCAAAAAACAUAUGUUCGUUGCCAGAGUCCUGUGCGGUCAGUCUACUUGUGGAAAUCAAAACCUGACACGGCCCCCUCACAACCGCUCGGGGCGGAUGUUUGACAGCUGCGUGGAC